AUUUUAUUUUUUUGACGUUUAACUGCUCGCUGGGAUCCCAAACCGAGUUCGUGAGUCAUUUGUGCUGUUCAAAAAAAAGUAAAUUUUCACAAAAAUACACUAAAAAUGGUCUCACUCAAUCCCGUGCGUGUCUUGAAGAAUGAAGCCGAAGAGGAAAAGGGCGAAAUUGCGCGUCUCAGUUCCUUUGUCGGUGCCAUCGCCAUCGGAGACUUGGUAAAAAGCACCUUAGGACCCAAGGGAAUGGACAAAAUUCUCGUUUCCAUGGGACGCAAUGCAGGCGAUGUGCAAGUCACGAAUGACGGAGCCACAAUUCUCAAGUCGGUCGGUGUCGACAAUCCCGCGGCAAAGAUUCUCGUCAACAUGUCACGAGUGCAGGACGACGAAGUGGGCGACGGAACGACUUCUGUCACGGUUUUUGCCUCGGAACUGCUGCGAGAAGCGGAAAAGUUGAUUGAACAAAAGAUGCAUCCGCAAACGAUUAUCGGGGGAUGGCGCAAAGCUGUGGAUGUUGCUCGUGCGGCAUUGGAACAAGUUGCCAAAGAUAAUUCCGCAAAUGCUGAAGCUUUUCGUGAGGACUUGUUGAAUAUCGCUCGCACGACAUUAAGUUCGAAAAUUUUGUCGCAACACAAGGAAUUGUUCGCAAAACUCGCUGUCGACGCUGUUCUCCGUUUGAAGGGAUCUGGCGAGCUUUCAGCUAUUCAGUUGAUCAAGAAAUCCGGCGGAUGUUUGGAAGAUUCCUUCUUGGACGAGGGUUUCUUGUUGGAUAAAAAGCCCGGUGUGCAUCAACCGAAACGCGUAGAAAAUGCAAAAAUUUUGAUCGCCAACACACCCAUGGACACCGACAAGAUCAAAGUGUUCGGAUCCACGAUCAAAGUCGACUCAAUGGCGAAAAUCGCGGAUCUCGAAAUGGCUGAGAAGGAAAAGAUGAAGGACAAAGUGAACAAAAUUUUGUCGCACAACUGCACGGUCUUCAUCAAUCGUCAACUCAUCUACAACUAUCCGGAGCAACUUUUCGCCGAUGCCGGUGUCAUGGCCAUUGAACAUGCGGACUUUGAUGGCAUCGAGCGUUUGGCUCUCGUAACGGGCGGCGAAAUUGUCUCGACCUUCGAUAAUCCAAACUUGGUGAAAUUGGGUCAUUGUGACUUGAUUGAGCAAGUAAUGAUUGGCGAAGACACCCUUUUGCGUUUCAGCGGCGUUGCUUUGGGCGAAGCUUGUACCAUUGUCAUUCGUGGAGCGACGCAGCAAAUUGUCGAUGAGGCAGAUCGUUCGUUGCACGACGCCUUGUGCGUUCUGACAGCCACGGUGCGCGAAAGUCGCGUUGUUUAUGGCGGCGGAUGCUCGGAAGCCCUUAUGGCGUGUGCCGUCUUGAAGAAGGCAUCGGAGACGCCGGGCAAGGAAGCCGUUGCGAUGGAAAGCUUUGCGCGUGCCUUGUUGCAACUCCCAACGAUCAUCGCCGAUAAUGCCGGGUACGAUUCCGCUCAACUCGUUUCCGAGUUGCGUGCUGGUCACAUGAAGGGCGAUCACACCUUGGGUCUCAACAUGGACGAAGGCAAGGUUGCGUGCAUGAAAAAACUGGGAAUUACCGAAUCGUUUGUCGUGAAGCGACAAGUAUUGAUGUCCGCGUCGGAAGCCGCCGAGAUGAUCUUGCGUGUCGAUAAUAUUCUCAAGAGUGCACCCAGAAAACGUACAGCUGAUCGUGGACACUGCUAAAUUUUACUCGUUUUUUUUUUAAUUUUCAUUAUUUGGAUCAAAUUUGUACUAAUGAUAAUUUCACGUUAAUGCUUAGACAACAAAAAAAAAGAGACUCACUCACACAAAAUCAUCUCGCGUUCGCUUAAUUGU